AUGAGCAUUAACAGGACACUGGAUGUUAUCAUGGACAAGAACACGGGAUUGUGGUGGCAGUUACAGGCGCACAACACCCCCCCGCUCUUCUCAGGGCAUCUGGAUGAGGUUACGAAAAGAAGCACAGACAUUUCACCUAAUGUACUCGAUAAGAUUCGCUCCGAACUAAAACUUAAAACCCUAACCUCUCUGAACUUAUACUACGAUUUCCUGCCCUAUAAGACAGCUGAGUUGACAUGGGAUGCUAAACAUCGCUAUAACGAGGAAGGUGUGUAUUGCUAUUGUAUGGGGCCAGGAGUUUGGUACAAACAGAUGCUACAGUGUCUGAACUGCAGACAGUGGUUUCACCAGGCUUGUGUUAGCUGUAGUGCUAAACCAAUGCUGUUCGGGGAGAACAAUAUUUUUAUCUGCUCGGUCUGCAAUUUGGGAGAGGAACAUCUAACUCUACGAGCUCUCAGUGAUCGUGAAUGUCUUCAAUUGGCGAUGUAUCACGUGGUCAUGACGCGUUACCGUGGUGACUUUCAACUCCCUGUGUGUCUCCGUAUGAACACAACACCCCUGCUACAGGCCUGGGACCCGGUCAGGUUCCAGGAUCUUCAGGUAUGGACUCUCGCUCAAACAGCUAUUGAUAACCCUGACCUGUUUCAACCAGGAGCGAAGCACAAAAACACUACUUUAUACAGGUAUAGGAUGGUUAAAGGCGCAGAAAAGCUCUCAAAGUUGUUAGUAGACGAGCCUCCCUCGUUCCCCCUGGAUGAGACCCUGACUCUCCCACUUCCUGCAUCCCAUCAACCCAUACCUCACUACCUUCCACCUGGCUUUGUAAUGGAUCUCGCUAACGGAACCUCCGGUAAAAUACCUCAAAUACACUCAAUUUAA